AUGGCUAAUUACUCUUUCCGUCGCGCUCUCUGCGACUUGCACUUCCCCCACACCGCGUGCCCUCCAAUCGCGGGCUACACUGUUGCCAUUGAUAUGGAUCAUCCGGGUGAUGACCUUGCAUGUGAGGGGCUUAUUACCACCGAGACAGCAGCCAGUCGGUGCACCACCGAUAGCAGGUGCAAGGCCUUUAACACGUACGUGGAUUCCAGCUCAGGGAACCUGGCCGGCUGCUUGAAGUAUGCUUCCGCACCGACGUCUCCGGCAUCGGGUGCUUGCAUUUACACCAAGGUCACGACGAAUUGCGCCAUCAUCCCCGGCUACACCCUUUCGCCUGGUGCUGACCACUAUGGCGAUGACAUCAACUGUCAAAUAACCACCGCUAAUGGGGGAGCCAGCAUUUGCUCGGGCAGAUCAGACUGCAAAGCAUUCAAUUCCUACACCGUCCAGGAUGGAACGCAGUGGAGCUGCGCCAAACGUGUAGCCAGUCCGCUGGCCAACGCAAAUGGUAUUUGUUUCUACACCAAGAUCAAUAAUUGUAAGCCAUUGAACACCCAUAAACAUCUGUAUAUGCGCUCCAUAUGUAUGACCUGCCUAUCUAUCUAUCUAUCUAUCUAUCUAUCUAUCUAUCUAUCUAUCUAUCUAUCUAUCUAUCUAUCUAUCUAUCUAUCUAUCUAUCUAUCUAUCUAUCUAUCUAUCUAUCUAUCGAUCUAUCGAUCUAUCGAUCUAUCGAUCUAUCGAUCUAUCUACCUAUCUAUCUACCUAUCGAUCUAUCUACCUAUCGAUCUAUCUACCUAUCUAUCUACCUAUCUAUCUAUCUACCUAUCUAUCUACCUAUCUAUCUAUCUACCUAUCUACCUAUCUAUCUAUCUAUCUACAUAUCUAUCUAUCUACAUAUCUAUCUAUCUACAUAUCUACCUAUCUACCUAA